CGAGCAGCAGCGUGCACGGCUCUAUCCAGAGGCGUUCAGAGGUAAAAUGUAUCGUCUUCAUUCACAGGCAGUCACCGGAGUUUCAUUCAGUUCUUCUUUCAAACAUUUCUCCCAUCUGCCGAUAGAAGAUUCGAAUCUUAUUCCUGAGAGACGUUUUAGUAAAAAGUGCUCUUCCAUCGGCUGAUUUUUACUUCACUCCACAACUCACACCGAGGAGCCAGGAAUAACGCCCGACGCGGUGUGCUAAAGCGGGGCGAGGAUUGGGGGAAGCGCCACUGACAUGCCUAAAUCGAAGAAGAGGAGCAGCCGGCCCGCGGGUGGCCGUCAGAAAACCAUCCAGCCGUUCAGUGAUGAUGAUUCUUCUGUUGAAACCAUGAGUCAUUGCAGUAGCUACAGUGAUGCUGCCAGCUGUGCUGAGGAUGCAGGAGCAGAGGUCGAUGAAGAAGCAGCUCAAGAAGACUUUGAAUUCAAACUGAAGGGACUUAUAGAACUUACAAUGGACAAGAGUGCAAAGACUAGACAAGCUGCUCUUGAAGGACUGAAGAAUGGGUUGUCAUCCAAGAUACUGUACGACUUCAUCCUAGAAAGAAGAAUAACACUCACAGAUAGUAUUGAACGUUGCUUGAAAAAGGGUAAAGGUGAAGAACAGCGUGUGGCUGCAGCUCUUGCCUGCCUCAUGUGCUGUCAGCUUGGCUCUGGAAUGGAAAGUGAAGAAGUCUUCAAAACCUUAGCCCCAGUCUUAAAGAACAUCAUUUCUGACCGGAGUGCAAGCAUGACUGCUCGUCAGGCUUGCGCAAGUUAUUUGGGCUUGUGCUGCUUCAUUGCUACGGAUGACGUUGAGGAUUUAUACAUGACAAUGGAGUGCAUGGAAAAUCUCUUCACCAAGCAGUAUCACUCAGAAGGUGGAAGUGAUGCCGCUACAGCUCUUCACAUCCAGGCUCUGCUGUCAUGGGCUCUCCUGCUGACCAUUUGUCAUAGCAGCGAAGUGAAGAAAAAGAUUGACAUACAUCUGCAUAAACUUCCACAUCUGUUAUCCUGCGAUGACGUGAACAUGAGAAUCGCAGCCGGGGAGACGCUGGCUCUCUUGUUUGAACUAGCCCGGGAAGCAGAUGCUGACUUUUACUAUGAAGAUCUUGAACCCUUAACUGAAACUUUGAAAGCUUUGGCCACUGACUGCCACAAGCACAGAGCUAAAGUAGACCGAAGGAAACAGCGCUCGGUUUUUCGGGAUGUCCUUAGAGCGGUCGAGGAUGGAGAAUUCCAACCAGAGGCGAUUCGGUUUGGUAGGGAACGCAUGCACCUCGACUGCUGGGUGAAGAGACUAACGUAUGGAGUGUUCAAGGAACUGUUUGGCUCUGGGAUGCAGUUUCAUCUGAUGACAAAUGGAUUUCUGCGUAGCAUUUUUGAGCUUGGUCCCCCAUUGCUCUUGGAUGCAGCUACUCUUAAAGCAAUGAAGGUUUCUCGCGAUGAAAGGCACAUGAACAACUCUGCUGCAUUCAAGGCUCGUACAAAGGCUAGAAGCAAACUGCGUGACAAGAGAGCAGAUGUCGGAGAGUUCUUCUAAAUAUUCAGGAUGGGAUCCAACCUUGAAAUGUAGUCGGCAAAUGAAAAGAACAAUUCCUUGGAGUGAGUUGGCUUAUGUGGAUGUCCUCAGCCAAGCCAUUUUAUUUCAGUUUGUCUAUUACUUGGGUUUAUAUUUUAUUUAUCAGUCUGUAGUAGUGCUUCUGUAUAUUUGCUUAUUUGUCAGGUCUGUGACACCUGCCCCUUGUACAGAACAACAUGCACUUGCUGCAAACUGUUACCUUCCAAGUAACUUGUAUAUAUAUUAAUUUCAAGAUUUCCUUUCCAAAUGUACCCUACACUUGCAUAUCUGAUUGAAGCAAACCUUAAUUGGGUCUCCUAUUGGCUGCCGCUUGAUUUUAUAUCAAUGUCUAAAUUAAUAAAAUAAAAAAUCUUUGUAUUUCUAAUAUAAAAAGUUUUUGUUUUGAGUGGAAUCAUGCAACAAACUGCAGUGUGGGGUGGAUAUCGUAAAGGUGGGAUGCCUACUAUAAUUUUCUAUUAAAAUAUUUUAAUGUAUAUUGUCACUAUGAAAAAAUGGCAUAAUGUAAUAAAGUAUUUGGUCUGUAAA